AUGCACGUUCACGGAGCCUUGCUCAACGAACUGGACAAAUUACGUCAAGAACCAAAAGUACAAGCGUUUUUAAGGCCUUUAAAUAUAGAAUGGAAGCAUACUGUCCCAUACGCACCUUGGGCUAGAGGAUUAUAUGAAAGAAGAUUAAUUUCAAUCUUCAAAAUUAUAUUUCGAGUAGCGGUCGGGAAAUAUCUCCUAGACAGCUCAAAAAUGACUAAAGUGGCGAUAGAAAUUGAAGCAAUAAUGAAUUCUCGUUCUUUGAUUGUAAUUGAUGACGAGAAUAUGCAGCCACUACGACCUAUAGAUUUUCUCAGCUCACAAGGAUACGCAAUGUCUCCACUACUAACGAGAAGAAUCAUCCAAGAUUCGCAUAAUCGAGGUUACCUGUUGAACUACUGGAAAGAAGAUGCAAUAAUAGCAGAUAAAUUCUGGGAAAAGUGGCAAACCAAAUACCUUCAAACACUACGAGACCGCAAACAAAGAGAGCACAAGGGAACACACGCGCAGACGCAUUCUAUAAGUGAGAGAGAUUGUCGUGGUGCACACAGGAGCAGUACCCAGAGGAUGUUGGCCUCUGGCGAGCAUCACCAAGUUAAUAGUACAAGCCGAGCUGAGCAUCAGUCAAAACAAAUAAUACCAAGUCGUGGACCCGAAUAUCGAACUAGAAGAUUAUGA